AUGUCCCCAGCGUUCCGCGGAGCAUGCACCCUCGACACCACCACUCUCCUCCGGGACGCACGUCAGCAACGACAAGAAGAACUCUCGACAUGCCGCAGUCAGGCCACAAAGGCACAUCGGAACGCAAGCGUCGCAGCCGCAAGGGUUGCUGGUGAAUAUCUCCCUCCGAAGAGCAGACGGGUCGGAAGGCGAAAGGCUAAGCUCGGUAGGCCGUGUAAAUCACGCAAGGUGAAGUGCGGAGAGGAGCAUCCCGCAUGCAAAAAGUAUCCGCUUCCCCUCCUCUCUCUCUCGCGCGCGCGUGCGGUUGAUGCUCACAGAUCUCUACGCAGCUGCCUCAAGACGGGCGAUACCUGCGACUACAAGAUCCGUCUCAACUGGGUGGGACGUCGCACCAAGCAACCGCACUCGGGCCCCUCAAGCAUGGACGGCAUAGGUCAGCUCAACCGGCAGCAUCAGGGACUUGAACCGUUGUUGAACACGACAGCGUUGUCCGUCGGCUCGCCCCAAGUCCAGUGGAGCGGUUCUAGGCAUCGGGGGGAAGCCAACUCUCCGGUGACCGGCUUCGUCAACAGAACGUCGCCAGUGGCACAGGACGAGCUGGCCUUUGUCGACGAAACUCUGUCUCCGCCCGGGUCUUGGGCUGGGAGGGGCCUCGAAGACACGCACGACUCUUACUCCAUCCGUCCACCCCAUCAGGCCGCUCAAUCCGUGUCGCCAGCCAUAUACUUGCGCCGCAAAAAGGCCAAGUCGCUCAGCAAGCUCAACCACCUGUAUGCCAGGGAAUCGAUUUCCUCCCCGGACCCAUUCAUGCCCAUGUCCAUGGCUGCUUCGCCAGUGGUGUUUGACUCCCUUCUGACUCCAGCAACUUCGCCAUAUAGUGAUGACGUUCCGCCCCCGCCACACUGGCCGGACAGCCGGCCUCGAGGGUCGCCAGAUGUGGUGUACAAAGCACCAAGCAACAACGACAUUGUAGAGUCGCACGACUGGUAUGAUGGUGCGAAUUCGGUCCCCGAGAUGAUUGGGGCUCACGAUGAUGGUCGUCAUGGCCAGCUCCGGUACGGUAUGGAGGGGGCAGAGGACGAAGAGGUCAGCAAUGACGAUGAGAGCACUGUUUCUUUGGCCUCGGGUGAACCUUUGAACUGGCAUGCAAACUCUACCGACAUGACUAGAAUGCGGUGCUGUGCCGCCAGCAAUCAGGAUUUCACCUACCACGGCAUGGCCUCCCCUGCUUCCAUGUCAUGGGAGCUGGGACCGCUGCCAGACAGGCUCAGGAAUAGUAGGGUUAAUAUGUUGUACUUUCAACACUUUAUCGAGCACACUGCCCGGGUACUCGUCCCGUACCACGAUGCGAAAUCAAACCCCAUGAGCACGACGCUUCCGAGAAUGGCUCUCCAAAGCGAUGGACUCUUGAGUCUCCUUCUGGCCUAUUCCGCGGCUCACCAAGCUCGCACAGCGCAAUCCGAGGUGCCCGAGGUGCGAAUGGCGCAGUGGGCGCAAGCCAUAUUCCCCGAGCUUAGGGAGUUCCUGGCCGACGCAGAGCAGCCAGUGCCGAACGUGGCGCUCGUCAUGUCCAUCAUGCUCGCAUCCCUGGAAGUGAUAUCGCCGGGAGCCCUGGGCCACGGCAUCUCGUGGCGCGAGCAUUUGAACCUGGCCGGGAACCUCAUGACGAGGCAUUUGAAUGAGCUGGAUGGUCAAGGUCCGGACGAACAGCUGGGAGAAGAUUGCCUGUUCAUCCGGAGCUGGCUUGCUCGCAUCCAUCUCCGGGCGGCCUUUAGGCCUGCGCCAACCGACGAGGCCGCUUCCCGAAUCCUCGCGCUGGAUAUUGGCGCCUUGGUUCCCGACAAGGACGAGAUAGACUGCAUAAUGGGGCACUCGGCACGGUGUGCUCGACUUCUGAGCCAGGUGGCGGACAUGGCGAAGCGAUGCGACAGGGAGCGAACUGGGCUCGGGAAAGAGGCACGUUGCCGCUGGAUGCCCCAUCGCGAGACCGUUGAGCGAGCGGUGGCGCUCGAACGGGAGCUCAUCGCCAGCCUGAACCAGUCUUCGAGGCCCUGCAUUCACGUGCGUAUGGGCAACAUCCAGAUGCGAGAUCUGGCAGAGUUGGCGGCGGCGAACGAGGCUUUUCAUUGGGCCGGGCUGGCCCAUCUCCAUCGCCGCGUCAUGGGUAAGGAUUCGGCCCACGCAGACGUCCAGUGGGCUGUGCAUCGGAUACUGGAGUGCCUCGACCAGACGCGCAUCGGCGGCAGUGCCGAGAUGGGAAUGCUGUUUCCCAUGUUCACGGCCGGAUGCGAGACGGUGGGCAAGGCUCCUCGAGCUCGGGUCUUGGCCAGAUUCAAGAGCGCCGAGAGAAGCGGCAUGUUCCAGGUGAGUAUCGGCCUCGUCCACGCACACGGCGGCGAUGCCAACUCGACGAUGCAGGUGUGCCAAGCGAGACGGUUGAUGGAGACGGUAUGGGAGGAAGGAUGUCCAUGGGAAGCCCUCACCAAGGACGAGUAUAUCGGGUAA